AUGGCGGUGAAGGACAAGCUGGAGGCGGUGCUGAACGUGGGUCUGCGGGUCCCCAGCAUCAUGCUGCUGGAGGUACUUUACCGCUGGGACGUCAGCUCUUUCUUCCAGAAGAUCCAGAGAAGCAGUCUCAACAACAACCCCCUCUUUCAGUACAAGUACCUGGCUCUCUACCUGCACUAUGUUGGUCAGUACCCCCCCCUUUCCAGUGCUGCCCUUUGAGUGGUCAUUUAUAGAAUUUGAACUCUUAAACAGCAUAUUUUGACAAAUGCACCCAUCCACUUGUGACACGUCAAAAUACAUUUUUCGAAGCAGGUGUUUCUUUAUAAACUAAGCAAAAAAAGAAAUGUCCUCUCACUGUCAACUGCGUUUAUUUUCAGCAAACUUAACAUGUGUAAAUAUUUGUAUGAACAUAACAAGAUUCAACAACUGAGACAUAAACUGAACAAGUUCCACAGACAUGUGACUAACAGAAAUUGAAUAAUGUGUCCCUGAACAAAGAGGGGGUCAAAAUCAAAAGUAACAGUCAGUAUCUGGUGUGGCCACCAGCUGCAUUAAGUACUGCAGUGCAUCUCCUCCUCAUGGACUGCACCAGAUUUGCCAGUUCUUGCUGUGAGAUGUUACCCCACUCUUCCACCAAGCAACGUGCAAAUUCCUGGACAUUUCUGGGGGGAAUGGCCCUAGCCAUCACCCUCCGAUCCAACAGGUCCCAGAUGUGCUCAAUGGUAUUGAGAUCCGGGCUCUUCGCUGGCCAUGGCAGAACACUGACAUUCCUGUCUUGCAGGAAAUCACGCACAGAAAGAGCGGUAUGGCUGGUGGCAUUGUCAUGCUGGAGGAUCAUGUCAGGAUGAGCCUGCAGGAAGGGUACCACAUGAGGGAGGAGGAUGUCUUCCCUGUAACGCACAGCGUUGAGAUUGCCUGCAAUGACAACAAGCUCAGUCCGAUGAUGCUGUGACACACCGCCCCAGACCAUGACGGACCCUCCACCUCCAAAUAUAUCCCGCUCCAGAGUACAGGCCUCGGUGUAACACUCAUUCCUUCGACGAUAAACGCAAAUCCGACUAUCACCCCUGGUGAGACAAAAGUGAAGAGCACUUUUUGCCAGUCCUGUCUGGUCCAGAGACGGUGGGUUUGUGCCCAUAGGUGACGUUGUUGCCGGUGAUGUCUGGUGAGGACCUGCCUUACUACAAGCACUCAGUCCAGCCUCUCUCAGCCUAUUGCAGACAGUCUGAGCACUGAUGGAGGGAUUGUGCAUUCCUGGUGUAACUCGGGCAGUUGUUGUUGCCAUCCUGUACCUGUGCUGCAGGUGUGAUGUUUGGAUUUACCGAUCCUGUGCAGGUGUUGUUACACGUGGUCUGCCACUGCGAGGACGAUCAGCUGUCCGUCCUGUCUUCCUGUAGCGCUGUCUUGGGCGUCUCACAGUACGGACGUUGCAAUUUAUUGCCCUGGCCACAUCUGCAGUCCUCAUGCCUCCUUGCAGCAUGCCUAAGGCACAUUCACGCAGAUGAGCAGGGACCCUGGGCAUUUUUAUUUUGGUGUUUUUCAGAGUCAGUAGAAAGGCCUCUUUAGUGUCCUAAGUUUUCAUAACUGUGACCUUAAUUGCCUACCGUCUGUAAGCUGUUAUUGUCUUAACGAGCGUUCCACAGGUGCAUGUUCAUGAAUUGUUUAUGGUUGUUAACAGUGUUUAAACCCUUUACAAUGAAGAUCUGUGAAGUUAUUUGGAUUUGUACUAAUAAUCUUUGAAAGACAGGGUCCUGAAAAAGGGACAUUUCUUUUUUUGCUGAGUUUACAUGAGCCUAUAUAUUAGCCCAUAUAUAAUUUUUUUUUUUUGGGGGGGGGGGGGGGGGGGUAGAUCAGCUUUACUAUUGCAGAUAGAUUGUGGCUUCCAUUAAUGUAAUUGUCUGCAUCAUUUCCAAUCCCCCAUAUAAAUACACAGUUCCAGGGUUUUUCUUUAAUUUGACUAUUUUCUACAUUGUAGAAUAAUAGUGAAGACAUCAAAACAAUGAAAUAAUACAUAUGGAAUCAUGUAGUAACCAAGUAAAGUGUAAACAAAUCAAAAUAGAUUUUAGAUUCUUCAAAUAGCCACCCUUUGUCUUCAUGACACCUUUGCACACUCUUGGCAUUCUCUCAACCAUCUUCACCUGGAAUGCUUUUCCAACAGUCUUGAAGGAGUUCCCACAUAUGCUGAGCACUUGUUGGCUGCUUUUCCUUCAGUCUUGGGUUGAGAUCAUCUGAUGCAGCACUCCAUCAUCCUUCUUGGUCAAAUAGCCCUUUCACAGCGUGUAGGUGUGUUUUGGGUCAUUGUCCUGUUGAAAGACAAAUGAUAGUCCCACUAAGCGCAAACCAAAUGGGAUGGCGUAUAACUGUAGAAUGCUGUGGUAGCCAUGCUGGUUAAGUGUGCAUUGAAUUCUAAAUAAAUCACAGACAGUGACACCAUCACACCUCCUCCUCCAUGCUUCACGGUGGGAACUACACAUGCGGAGAUCAUCUGUUAACCUACUCUGCGUCUCACAAAGACAUGGCGGUUGGAAUCAAUAAUCUCACAUUUGGACUCAUCAGACCAAAGGACAGAUUUCCACUGGUCUAAUGUCCAUUGCUCGUGUUUCUUGGCCCAAGCAAGUCUCUUCUUCUUAUUGGUGUCCUUUAGUAGUGGUUUCUUUGCAGCAAUUCGACCAUGAAGGCCUGAUUUCACGCAGUCUCCUCUGAACAGUUGAUGUUGAGAUUUCUGUUACUUGAACUCUGAUACAUUUAUUUGGGCUGCAAUUUCUUAGGCUGGUAACUCUAAUGAUCUUAUCCUCUACAGCAGAGGUAACUCUGGGUCUUCCUUUCCUGUGGUGGUCCUCAUGAGAGACAGUUUCAUCAUAGCGCUUGAUGUUUUUUGCGACUGCACUUUUAGAAACUUUCAAAGUUCUUGUAAUUUUCCGGAUUGACUGACCUUCAUGUCUUAAAGUAAUGGUGUACUGUCGUUUCUCUUUGCUUAUUUGAGCUGUUCUUGCCAUAAUAUGGACUUGGCCUUUUACCAAAUAGGGCUAUCUUCUGUAUACCACCGCUACCAUGUCACAACAUAACUGAUUGGUUCAAACACAACGCUCUUAACCACUAAGGUAGCUUAGUGGUUAAGAGCGUUGUGCCAGUAACCGAAAGGUCGUUGGUUCUAAUCCCCGAGCCGACUAGGUUAAAAAUAUCUGUCUGUGCCCUUGAGCAAGGCACUUAACCCUAAUUGCUCCUGUAAGUCGUGCUGGAUAAGAGCGUCUGCUAAAUGACUGAAAUGUAAUUAAGAAGGAAAGAAAUUCCACAAAUUAACUUUUAAGGUACACCUGUUAAUUGAAACGCGUUCCGGGUGACUACCUCAUCAAGCUGGUUGAGAGAAUGCCAAGAGUGUGCAAAGCUGUCAUCAAGACAAAGGGUGGCUACUUGAAGAAUCUAAAAUAUAUUUUGAUUUGUUUAACACUUUUUUUGGUUACUACAUGAUUAUAUAUGUAUUAUUUCAUAGUUUUGAUGUCUUCACUUUUAAUUCUACAAUGUAGAAAAUAGUAAAAAUAAAGUAAAACCCUUGAAUGAGUAGGUGUGUCCAAACUUUUCACUGGUACUGUAUAUAUUUUCCUUUAUUGUUUUACCCUAACCCUUCCAUCCCUCCACUAAUUUGAUUAAAUUAAUGCACCAAACCUCUUAGGCUUCUUCUACAUACUAUAGACAUUUACAGACACAGUAUUUGUAUUUAUUAUGGAUCCCCAUUAGCUGUUUCCAAGGCAGCAGCUACUCUUCCUGGGGUCCGGCAAAAUAAAGGCAGUUAUACAAUUUUAAAAACAUUACAAUACAUUCAUUACAGAAUUCACAACACACUAAGUGUGUGCCCGCAGGCCCAUACUCCACUACCACAUAUCUACAACACAAAAUCCAUGUGUAUGUGUGUGUAUAGUGUGUAUGUUAUCGUGUGUGUGUAUGCAUGUGUCUGUGCCUAUGUUUGUGUUGCUUCACAGUCCCCGCUGUUCCAUAAGGUGUAUUUUUAUGUUUCUUUUUAAUCUGAUUCUACUGCUUGGAUCAGUUACCUGAUGUGGUAUAGUCUACAAUAGUUAUAUUUUUGGUUGUGUUUAGUCCCAUCCUUCAGCUCCACUCAACCCCUCCCAUUUACCUCUGAACACCAUCCAGUUUUGAUUUCUAUUUGCAAUAUAUUUUUCAACUGUGAUGUUUCGCAAAAGUUCUGAACCUUUCUAUUCUAAUAGAUUCUACAUAUUGUAAAUUAAAGAAACAUUUUUGCUAAGUGUAUUUUUAUAAUAUUAAUCGAUUGACUAUGACUUUUUAAAUCACGCCGCAGUGCUAUUUGCAGAGUUAGCUCCAGGUAAAUAGCCGAUAUAUCUUUAAUGAUGUUGUAAUUGUCAGAUUAGUCGUGUUUGCACUUUCCUUUUUGGAGUGGCCAUAAAAAGCUGUUAAUGGUGUGAGCCAAUAGGUUAUUUUGGCUGUUUUGCUGCAGUAUCACUAGUGUGCCCUGACCAGGAAAAACACUGCAGUUGCAGCCUAUAAAACUAGGACCCAGUAUUUAAUGGUUGUGUCUCAUGCAUAUGAAUGUAAUUUAUGGAAUGCGUAAGGGAUAAUCAACGAUCGACUAUGCUUUCGUGGCAUUAACCUUUCACGGAGUUGCAUUAUUUUCCAGAGAACGCUUAGAGCCCAGAGUUGAUUAUCCCACUUAUACCAUAGCUAUAAUUUGAAAUGUGUUCAUUUUGCCUGUAGAAAUGUGUUUUAACAUCCACUGAAGUAGCUAACACUUUUACUAGAUGGCUACAGUAGCUGUCUUGGUAACCAAACAGACUUGCUAGCUUAGCUAACCAAACCAUCAGUCCUAACUUACUAUGAAAAUCGAAUUCAACAGAGCCAAUAAUGUUUUCGAUUUAACUUUUGCUUUCAGAAGCAGCUCAAACAUAGAACAUGUAAGAAUGAACGUCAUAGUCAUUGAAUUAAACAGUGCAUUAUAGGUAAAUAAUUCACGCUCUAGAAUGCCCAUUCAAGCCAAUUAGAAACGAGUAUUCAACAAUGCCAUGGUAUAAAUUAAUAUAAUUUAAGUUCAGCUAAGCAUUUUUAAACCUACGACUCAGUCUUGAAUGGUGUUGUGUUGCAUUUAAAUGUUUUUAGGUUUGUCAUAGGCAUAGCUAAGACAUGAUAAAAGCAAUGACACAAAGGAUAAAGUCUGACAUUGUUUGUAGUCAGCGUUUGCAUCAUGACUGUAAAUGUCCAUGAUCCAUGUUGUCAGCAUUUCCUCUCUGCGAGUUAUAAGGGUGAACAUGCUUCUGCUACGUUUUGUUUUUAGAAUGGCACAUUAACAUGGACACAGGCAGUACUUCUGAUCCAGUAUGUAUGUUCUGCUUGAGAGUGGGCCUGGCCCACUAAGAGCUCAGUGGAGGUAGGGUAUUGGCUGAUGCUUGUGUUUCAGACCAGAAUAGAAUGGCAUGAGGUCAUUAGAUGAUAAUUAAACAGUGAGACGAUGCCAUAAUUAAAACAUGGCAUGGCCUGACCUUAGACAUCUGCUGCUGCAACGGUCUGCCCGCAGGCCAACACUUUUUAAAACUUUGUAAUCAUGGUGAAACAUUGGCUCAGACACAUUUUCCUCUCCUUUGUCAUUUACCUCUGCUUUUUUCCACCAUCCGAGACCCAAGUAUUUUAAUGGGACUUUCCGUGAUGCUCAAGGUAAAAUAAGUAAUUUUCGUCCCAGCAUCUCAGGGCUUUCCAGUUGGUAUAAUUAACCUUGAAGUGUUCACAGAAGAGUUAAAGGAAAGAUUCACCCAUUUUGAAUGCAUUCACCCAUCGCAACGAGAUGCACAAGGACAAUAUAUCAUUCAAAAUGGGUGAAUCUUUCCUUUAACCAAUACCAUGCAUGAAUUGGAUACUGUUUUGUGUACUUUACUAGGCAUGCAGGGUCAUGUUAUCUGGUGGGUAAUUGUGUAGUGGACAGACAGACGAACAGUGUGAGCUGUGCGGGAAAAGCAGCCAGCAGGGUUGGUUACUGUGACACUUGUUUAGGCAGGCUAAAGGCUGUCUCCUCACUGUGUGAUGGGCUAGCACAAUGUGCUCUGUGUGUGUGUAGGCCUGGCCCGUGCAGGGAGUAGGAGAAGGAUGUCAUCCCCCCCCCCCCCCCCCCCCCUCAAAGAAGCCUUUCUCUUCCCACGGGAGAGGAGUGGAUGAGGCACAGGCCAUGAUAACCAGCUCGCAGGCCUCGACUAUUAUGUAGUCACUAGAUACAGUGCAUUAGGAAAGUAUUCAGACCCCUUGACCUUUUCCACAUUUUGUUACAUUACUGCCUUAUUCUAAAAUAGAUUCAAUUGUUUUUUUCCCUUAUCAAUCUACACACAAUACCCCAUAAUGACAAACGCAAUGACAUGCACUGUCAACUGUGGGACCUUACAGUGCCUUCGGAAAGUAUUCAGACCCCUUGACCUUUUCCACAUUUUGUUAUGUUACAGCCUUAUUCUACAAUUGAUUAAAUAAUUAUAAAUGUCCUCAUCAAUCUACACACAAGACCCCAUAAUGACAAUGACAUUUUUGCAAAUUUAUAAAAAAAUUAUUCAGACCCUUUGCUAUGAGACUCGAAAUUGCGAUCAGGUGUAUCAUGUUUCCGUAGAUCAUCGUUGAUGUUUCUACAACUUGAUUGGAGUCCACCUGUGGUACAUUCAAUUGAUUGGACAGGAUUUGGAAAGGCACACACCUGUCUAGAUAAGGUCCCACAGUUGACAGUGCAUGUCAGAGCAAAAACCAAGCCAUGAGGUCGAAGGAAUUGUCCGUAGAGCUCCGAGACAGGAUCGUGUCGAGGCACAGAUCUGGGGAAGGGUACCAAAAAAUGUCUGCAGCAUUGAAGGUCCCCAAGAACACAGUGGCCUCCAUUAUUCUUAAAUGACUCCAAUCUUCCUAGAGGUGGCCGUCUGGCCAAACUGACCAAUCGGGGGAGAAGGGCCUUGGUCAGAGGGUGACCAAGAAUCCCAAGGUCACUCUGAUAGACCUCCAGAGUUCCUCUGUGGAGAUGGGAGAACCUUCCAGAAGGACAACCAUCUAUGCAGCACUCCACCAAUCAGUCCAGACGGAAGCCACUCCUCAGUAAAAGGCACAUGACAGCCCUUGGAGUUUGCCAAAAGGCACCUAAAGACUGACCACAAGAAACAGGAUUCUCUGGUCUGAUGAAACCAAGAUUGAACUCUUUGGCCUGAUUACCAAGUGUCACAUCUGGAGGAAACCUGGCACCAUCCCUAUGGUGACAAAUAGUGGUGGCAGCAUCAUGCUGUGGGGAUGUUUUUCAGCGGCAGGGACUGGGAGACUAUUCAGGAUCGCGGGAAGGAUGAACGGAGCAAAGUACAAAGAGAUCCUUAAUGAAACCUGCUCAUGACCUAAGACUGGGGCGAAUGUUCACCUUCCAACAGGACAACGACCCUAAGCACACUGCCAAGACAACGCAGGAGUGGCUUCGGGGCAAGUCUCUGAAUGUCCUUGAGUGGCCCAGCCAGAGCCUGGACUUAAACCAGAUCGAAUAUCUCUGGAGAGACCUGAAAAUGGCUGUGCUGCAACGCUCCCCAUCCAUCCUGACAGAGCUUGAGAUUAUCUGCAGAGAAGAAUGGGAGAAACUCCCCAAAUACAGGUGUGCCAAGCUUGUGGCGUCAUACCCAAGAAGACUCGAGGCUGUAAUCACUGCCAAAGGUGCUUCAGCAAAGUACUGAGUAAAGCAGGGGUGUCAAACUUCCGGCCCGCGGGCCGGAUCAGGCCCGCAAACGGGUUUAAUCCGGCCUGCGAGAUGAUUUUGAAAAUAAAAUAAAAUAAAAAUAUAUUUGUAAAGUAUAAAAAUGCGCGGCAAUUUUUCAAUAAAAUAAACUGCUGUUCCAAUUGCGUCCACUGGAAUGGCGCAAUAGCAAUUGUGUUAAGCAAGCAAACUGUUUAUACCGGGGCAGAGCAAGUAGGUCAAGCACGUGCAGCCAAUGAGCUACUUUGUUUUGCCCGCGAUAUUGAUUACGGCUUCUACUUGUAACAUUAUGUGCUUUGGCACCCUCAUUGCCCCAAUAUGUCUCUGUCAAAAAAGAGAAAAGUGGACGCAGAGUGUUCCAAGAAAAAUGGUCAUCCUAUUUAUUCACGGAAUUGAAGGGGAAAGCUGUAUGUUUGGUGUGUUCAGAGCAUGUUGCAGUGCUGAAAGAAUAUAACCUUCGUCGCCACUAUGUGAGUCUUCAUGCCGACAAAUAUGACAACUUUCAAGGACAGCGGAGAUGAGAGAAGUUGAAUGAACUGUUGGCGGGUCUGAAGAAACAGCAGUCUGUGUUUACUCACAGCCGAGACAUCAGUGACGCUGCAGUGAAAGCUAGCUACCUCAUUGCUAAUGAAAUCGCAGUGGCUUCAAAACCAUUUAGUGAGGGUGAAUUUGUAAAAUCAUGCAUGAUGAAGGCAGUGGAGAUUGUGUGCCCUGAAAAGCGGCAGGCUUUUGCAAAUAUCAGCCUGACAAGAAACACAGUUGCAGACAGGAUUUCCGAUCUUUCAGUGGAUUUGGACAGCCAGUUGAAGCAAAAAGUAAAGUCAUUUAUUGCGUUUUCGGUUGCAAUUGAUGAAAGCACGGACAUUACAGAUGUUGCACAACUGGCCAUUUUCAUCCGCGGAGUUGAUGACACAUUGACCGUCACCGAGGAGUUCGUGGAGUUGGUGGCGAUGACAGAUACAACGACAGCAGCUGAUAUUUUUACCGCACUCGUUGGCGCGCUGGACAGGGUCGGAGUGGACUGGUCCCGCGCUGUCAGCCUGGCUACAGAUGGUGCGCCCUCAGUGAUCGGGAAAAAAGCAGGCGUUGUGAGAAAGUGCAAUCUGCAAAUGGAGGACGUGAUUUUUUGACUUUUCACUGUAUUUUGCACCAGGAGGCUUUGUGUUGCAAGUCAUUAAAGAUGGAUAACGUCAUGAAGGUGGUCAUCCAAACUGUUAAUUUCAUCCGAUCCAGAAGCCUGAAUCACCGUCAGUUUGACAGCCUUCUCAGAGAGAAAGACCACAUCUAUGGCCUGCCAUACCACACUGAGGUAAGAUGGUUAAGCCGAGGUGCUGUGCUGAGGCGUUUCUUUGAUUUCCGAGAAGAAAUUGAACAGUUCAUGGAAGAAAAGGGCAAACCAGUGUUAGAAUUUCAUUCCGCAGAAUGGAAGCAGGACCUUGCAUUUAUGGUGGAUGUUAUAGAGCACCUGAAUAACUUGAACACGCAGUAUUAUGACAGCAUACGUUCUUUCAAGUUGAAGCUGUCAUUGUGGGAGACGCAACUUGCCGGUGGUGAUGCAGCUCACUUCCCCUGUCUGAAAAAUUUGUGCACGACCAAACAUGUGGCAGACAUGAAGCGGUUCAAAGAUAAAAUAACGGGACUGUUACGGGAGUUUGAGCAACGCUUUCAGAUUUAUGUUUAUAUGUUUUUAUGUUGAUGUGCUAUUGUUUUUAAUUGAUUUUAUUUUAUUUGUAUAUUUAACCUAUUCUUGACUCUGUGGUUCUUGCACUUGUUUGGGGAACAUGAUUUCAUUAUUUGUAUCUACAUUUCUGCCUGAGAAAUGACACCCUGAUAUAGUUCUGUGAUCUGUGAUAUACUUCUGUGAAUCACUGAGGCAUUGUGUGUUUGUGUGUUGUUUGUCCUCAGAACUUUCAAAUAACUUGAGGUGUUUUAUGAUUAAUAGUGAUGUUGUGCUUUUGGACACUGUCCUCAGGCUCCAGCUUUAUGUUUUUAUGUUGAUGUGCUAUUGUUUUUAAUUGCUUUUAUUUUAUUUGUAUAUUUAACCUAUUCUUGACUCUGUGGUUCUUGCACUUGUUUGGGGAACAAGAUUUCAUUAUUUUUAUCUACAUUUCUGCCUGAGAAAUGACACCCUGAUAUAGUUCUGUGAUCUGUGAAACAGUUCUGUUAAUCACUGAGGCAUUGUGUGUUUGUGUUCUUUUUCUUUAGAAUUUUCAAAUAAACUUGACAUGUUUUAUGAUUAAUAGUGAUGUUGUGCUUGUACUAUUUUGGACACACUGUCCUCAGGCUCCAGCUUUAUGUUGAUCGUAUUAAAACAAAGAAAACAAUCUGAAGUUGUUGUUUUUAAGUUAUAUAUACCAUGAUUUUUCCGGUUCGGCCCACUUGGGAAUAGAUUUUCCUCCAUGUGGCCCCUGAGCUAAAAUGAGUUUGACACCCCUGGAGUAAAGGGUCUGAAUAUGUGAUAUUUCUAUUUAAUUUUUAAUUUUAAUUUGCAAUAAAUUCUAAAAAACUGUUGGACUCCAAUCAAGUUGUAGAAACAUCUCAAGGAUGAUCAAUGGAAACAGGAUGCACCUGAGCUCAAUUUCGAGUCUCAUAGCAAAGGGUCUGAAUACUUAUGUAAGGAAGCAUUUCAGUUUUUUAGAUUUAAUACAUUUUCAAACAUGUCUAAAAACCAGUUUUUGCUUUUUUUAUUAUGGGGUAUUGUGUGUAGAUUGAGGAAAUUGUUUUAUUUAAUACAUUUUAGAAUAAGGCUGUAACGUAACAAAAUGUGGGAAAAGUCAAGGUGUCUGAAUACUUUUCCGAAUGCACUGUAUGCUAAUCAUCAAUGGGAAUUACUGUGCAGUGGUCUCAUUCUUUUUUAAUUUAACUGUGGUUUUUGAUAACUGUGUUUGUGUACCCACUUUCUAUGACCUCACCAGGGGUACUUUUAGUGGCUUUGCAUACUUGGCUGAAGUUGGUGGGUGAGACAAUGAGGCUGGUAUUUGCUGACGAACACACUGGGCAGCAGAGAACAGUUGCCUGGACUGAACCUCAGUGUGUGUGCUGCUGAUGUCUCUCUUGGAAAGAGAAUGUUCUCUAAUCUUUAAUGUUGGCACCUUUGGCACUUGCUUUAGCCUAUCAGUAACUAUUUUGCUUAUGGACAGUGUGUUUUUACUGCCAGCACUGAUAAUUAUUUCACAUCGGUCCGCUCUUUGUCCUUUCUGCAUUACUUUGCAUAGCAAAUGGCUCUGGAUCCAUGACUGUGGAUUAACGGCUCUGUUUUAUUGCUGUCUCUGCUGUUCAACAAAUUCUGCUCAUCUGUGUUGUGUUUGCUUACCUUAUGCAGGCCAAGGAACAGGAUGUGCUCUGUUAAUAAGACACAUUGUUACACCUGACCAUGACUGGAAAGCUUUUCUAUGUGCACAAUACAGAUACUCUCAGUCCAAUCCCUCUCCUAUGUAUGGACUCAUUAGUCAGUAAGCCUAGCUAGGCCAAUAUCACCAGGACAGCUAUAUUAGUUUUAUGUGAAAUAGUUUGCCUCAGGCACAGGAUAGUCACAGUUCAUUAUUUGCUCUAUCUGCACACAGGGCUUAAUGUCCCCUCAGCAGUGAGCCUGUCUGGGAGAGUGGCUGGGGAGCGUGGGACUGAGUCUGUCAGGUGGGGAUAGGAACCUGUGAGUUGGGGAAACUGGGCCUCUGUACUCUUGUAUUCAGGUCCUGUUAAGAUUUUUGGCUUGUACCAACGCAGCACACACAAGGUGAGGAUGACUGAGCGGUCUAAGGCUGUGUUCCGGACUGGUCGUAGCCUCCCUCCCUCGGAGGCGUGGGUUCUGAGUAUGCAACUGCGAGCCAAGAGCAGGAGCCUCUCCAACCAAAGCACCCACACAAUGUUAAACAUAAUGACUCAUUCAUCACUGAAGGAAGGUGCUAGGCUACUAACCAAACGCAGGCUCGGUAAAGUAAGAGCUUGUACUCUUAAGAUAUGGAAUGGACUUCUUCUUUCAAUUAAGGUUUUAUUUGGUUAUGGUUAUGUUCAAGGAAUUUCGUCAGCAGUGCUUCCUCUUGUCGUACAACCACGUGUCUCUCUGUUUUCUGCUUUGUGAUGGUUGUUACUGAGCAUCCAGAACAGGCAAGAGGCACAUAGAUAAGCCUAUUGACAGCAGUGACUUGACGGGCUGGCCGGCUUGCAGAAUAUAGCUUCAUCUCCUCCUCUCAGGAUUACAUGAGCAGCAUCCGGUGGUGGCAGUCUGAGGCGGGAGGGAGUGUAAAACACACACACAAAGCUCUAAUCUCCUGUCCCCGUCACCUUGGCUGCCUGUCACAGUGAGGCUGGAUCACCCUGAAUGACCAGGCCACUCACACACUCCACUGGCUGGGAACACUGACUCCAUUCAGGGCCCGUGGCGCUUAGACUGAGAGGAUCAUAAUCAUUUUCAUAGGAGGUAGAAUCAUAUCAGUAUCUGUCUCAGUCUAGUUGUUGUCAUGCCAGAAUGAUUCAGUCCACCGACCACUCUUUCAAGCCUCAAUGGCUAACUAGCCUCCUAUCUCCCACUGUUGUUGUCAUGCUCCCUGCCCUUUUAAUGAAUGUUUGAUCAAUUUAGUUCCGUGUUUGUCACGCACACCGUGCGCAAUAUGGUGGAGAGGGCUUUAGAGGAGUGGGCGUGUUAGCUGUCUGCUAAUGGAAUCCCCAGGAUGUAUUGGCUGGGUGGAUCUAUUGCAUGCUGGGUCCAGGUCGGCCAUUGAGAAUCUCAAUUACGUACUCCUUGUGUCCUCUCAAAACCCAUUGGAGGAGAAGGUCAGGGAGGGUCCUCUGACUUUUUCUUUCAAUGUGUUUUGAGAUGGAGGCAAGGAGAGGACACAAGGAGUAUGCAAUUGAGAUUCUCACUAGGAAUGUUUUCUGCUGACUCCACUACACCAGGCAGGCCGCGCUCAACCAAGAUGGUUGAGGGAGGGCAGGAUUAUUGGUUUCACUGUCCACUGUAACUCUGUCUCUGUAACUCUGUCUGUACUGAGAUGAUUGGAAUAACAGUUACAAGAUUAUUUGUGAAGUGAAUGCCAUUAAGACAGUAGUGGGACUGUGUUAAAAAUCUAUUCCUAAAUGUGUUUGAGACAGACAACAGCAGAAACAGGCGGAUCUUUUUGUCCCUUUUUAAAAACAGCCUUGUGUGUAUGUAUGCAUAUACAGUGCCUUUGGAAAGGAUUCACACCCCUUUUUCCACAUUUUGUUACGUUACAGCCUUAUUUUAAAAUUGAUUCAAUAAAACAUUUUCCUCAGCAAUCUACACACAAUACCCCAUAAUGACAAAGCGAAAACAGGUUUGUAGAAAUGUUUGUAGAAAUUUACAUAAGUUUUCAGACCCUUUGCUAUGAAACUAAAAAUUGAGCUCAGGUGCAUCCUGUUUCCAUUGAUCAUCCUUGAGAUGUUUCUACAACUUGAUUGGAGUCCACCUGUGGUAAAUUCAAUUGAUUGGACAUGAUUUGGAAAGGCACACACCUGUCUAUACAAGGUCCCGCAGUUGACAUUGCAUGUCAGAGCAUAAAUCAAGCCAUGAGGUCAAAGGAAUUGUCCGUAGAGCUCCGAGACAGGAUUGUGUCGAGGCACAGAUCUGGGGAAUUCUUGCAGCAUUGAAGUUCCCUAAGAACACUGUGGCCUCCAUCAUUCUUAAAUGGGAAGAAGUUUGGAACCACCAAGACUCUUCCUAGAGCUGGCCGCCCGGCCAAACUGAGCAAUCGGGGAGAAGGGCCUUGGUCAGGGAGGUGACCAAGAACCCGAUCUUCACUCUAACAGAGCUCUACAGUUCCUCUGUGGAGAUGCGAGAACCUUCCAGAAGGACAACCAUCUCUGCAGCACUCCACCAAUCCGGCCUUUAUGGUAGAGUGGCCAGACGGAAGCCACUCCUCAGUUAAAGGCACAUGACAGCCCGCUUGGAGUUUGCCAAAAGGCACCUAAAGGACUCUCAGACCAUGAGAAACAAGAUUCUCUGGUCUGAUGAAACCAAGAUUUAACUCUUUGGCCUGAAUGCCAAGCGUCACGUCAGGAGGAAACCUGGCACCAUCCAUACGGUGAAGAAUGGUGGUGGCAGCAUCAUGCUGUGGGGAUGUUUUUCAGCGGCAGGGACUGGGAGACUAGUUAGGAUCUAGGCAAAGAUGAACAGAGCAAAGUACAGAGAGAUCCUUGAUGAAAACCUGCUCCAGAGCGCUCAGGACCUCAGAGUGCGGGCGAAGGUUCACCUUCCAACAGGACAAUGACCCUAAGCACACAGCCAAGACAACGCAGGAGUGGCUUCGGGACAAGUCUCUGAAUGUCCUUGAGUGGCCCAGCCAGAGCCCGGACUUGAACCCGAUCGAACAUCUCUGGAGAGACCUGAAGAUAGCUGUGCAGCGACGCUCACCAUCCAACCUGACCGCUUGAGAGGAUCUGCAGAGAAGAAUGGGAGAAACUCCCCAAAUACAGGUGUGCCAAGCUUGUGGCGUCAUACCCAAGAAGACUCAAUGCUGUAAUCGCUGCCAAAGGUGCUUCAACAAAGUACUGCGCAAAGGGUCUGAAUACUUAUGUAAAUGUGAUAUUUCCGUUUUUUAUUUUUAAUACAUUUGCAAAAAUUUCUAAAAACCUUUUUGCUUUGCCAUUAUGGGGUGUUGUGUGUAGAUUGAUGAGGGAGGAGAAAACAUUUUAGACCAAGGCUGUAACGUAACAAUGUGGAAAAAGUCAAGGGGUCUGAAUACUUUCUGAAGACACUAUGUAUGUAUGUCCAUUGUUCCACUUCAUGGCAGUGUACUGUACAGACCCCUCUACUUCCCUCUGUGAUUCACUGUCCUGACUACAUCUCUCCGUCUCUCUGCUCUGCUGUGUCUCUCAGGUUACAUCCUCAGCCUGGUGCUCCUGACUCUGCCUCGUCAGCACCUGGUGAAGCUCUACCUGUACGUGCUUACUGCCCUGCUGCUCUUCGCUGGACACCAGGUCUCCAGGUGAGAGACAGACACACACACACACACACACACACACACACACUACAGGAACUACAGCAAACAUAAUCCUAGACAUGUGAAAUUGUUAGCUAGGAGCUAUCUAUAUUUGGAAGAUUGUUUAAAAGCAAUUAAGUGCUGCGAUUGAAACCAUUUCGAGUUUGUCUUCUACUGGCCCUGGUUGUGCGUAUCUCUUGUAUUCUCUGAGGCAUAGUUCUGUAUUUAACCAGUGAGGACAGAAGACAGCAGGUGGGACUGCAAGAGCUGAGCUGAGCUCUGACUGUCUUGUCUUCCUGUUUUUAGGGAUUAUGUCCGCAGUGAGCUGGACUCCGGAUACGAUGGACCGCUCUACCUGGAGGCGCUGUCCAUGAACCGAUUCUCCACUGCCCUCAUAGGUAACUAACUAAACACAGUCCUACCUUCACCACCAACCUCAUAGGCAACUACAGUGCCUUCAGAAAAUAUUCACACCACUUGACUUUUUCCACAUUGUGUUGUGUUACAGCCUGAAUUUAAAAUUGAUUACAUUUAGAUUUUUCGGUCACUGGCAUACACACCCAAUAACCCAUAAUGUCAAAGUGGAAUUAUGUUUAUGUUUUAUGUUUACAAAUGAAAAGCUGAAAUGUCUUGAGUCAAUAAGUAUUCAACCCGUUUAUGGCAAGCCUAAAUACGUUCAGGAGUAAACAUUUCCUUAAAAAGUCACAUAAGUUGCGUAGACUCACUCUGUGUGCAAUAAUAGUGUUUAACAUGAUUUGUUAUUGACUACCUCAUCGCUGUACCCCACACAUACAAUUAUCUGUAAGGUCUCUCACUACAAAGAUACAGGCGUCCUUCCUAACUCAGUUGCCGGAGAGGAAGGAAAACGCUCAGGGAAUUCUAAACAUGAGUGAAUUGAUAGUGAAAAGAAGGAAGCCUGUAUAGAAUUAAAAUAUUUCAAAACAUGCAUCCUGUUUGCAGCAAGGCACUAAAGUAAUACUGCAAGUGUUAUGUUUGGGGCAAAUCCAAUACAACAUAUUACCGAGUACCACUCUCCAUAUUUUCAAGCAUAGUGGUGGCUGCAUCAUGUUAUGGGUAUGCUUGUAAUCUUUAAGGAGUUUUUCAGGAUAAAAAAUAAAUGGAAUAGAGCUAAGCACAGGCAAAAUCGUAGAGGAAAACCUGGUUCUGCUUUCCACCAGACACUGGGAGAUAACGUCACCUUUCAGCAGGACAAUAACCUAAAACACAAGGCCAAAUCUACACUGGAGUUACCAAGAAGACAGUGAAUGUUCCUGAUUGGCCGAGUUACAGUUUUGACUUUUAAAAUCUAUGGCAAGACCUGAAAAUGGUUGUCUAGCAAUGAUCAACCACCAAUUUGACAGAGCUUGAAGAAUUUUGAAAAGAUGAAUGGGCAAAUGUUGCACAGUCCAGGUGUGGAAAGACUUAUGCUUAUGUAAAUGAGAUAUUUCUGUAUUUCAUUUUCACUAAAUUAGCUUAAAUGACUAAAAACAUGUUUUCACUUUGUCAUUAUGGCGUAUUGUGUGUAGAUGGGUGAGAAAAUAAUACAUUUGAUCCAUUUUGAAUUCUGUCUUUCUCUCCUUUAAUCGCUCACUCAUUGACAUAUUUCUUGUUGUGCUGCUUGUCGUAAGAGCGAAGCUUGUUGUUGGCAGGUGUUCUGUAGUGUGACUAGUGUCUGUCAGAUUUUAUGUUACUGAGGUGUGGGUUCUGCCUCUUCUAAAAAUACAGUUGGCCACAAUAGUGUUAGCUUGAGAGGUCAGUGAAAAGCUGAAAGCCCAAAAGGGGAAGAAGCAAGAAACCAGUGUGUCAUCAUUAAUAGGAAGCCUGCCUGUGAAAUGACUGGCAGUUACAUAAUGAUCUGUUUCUGAUGCUGAGAAGAUUCAUCCUUCUCUGUUACUAAACUCUCUGCUACAGGAGCACCCUUAAAGAUGUCAUCCAGUGAUUUUUGAACUUUUACUGUUAAAGUGAUUAUCCCAAGUAUAAAUACAGUAAAGUACACAUACUCAAGUGUAAAAAAAAAAAUGUUGGAGCAAUAUUGUAUUUUUAGACACAACUGCGAACUUCAAGGAGUAGGGCAUUCAAGGAGUUGGUCUGAUGGGAAUCCGUGAUGUCAUCGUCCUCCCCCCUUGCUUGAGGAACGAUAGAGAACGAAAGAGGAGAGGCCCUCCCCCCUCACUUGUGCAAUGUCAUGACUUACCUGGACCACCUAUUGAGAUGUGUCUUCUGUUAAGUAAAUCAGGUGUUAAAUGAGGUGAAAAGGAGACUGGCGUGCCACUUUAACUAACCCUUUCCCUAACAUUUUACAAAGGGGGAGGGACCUAUUGAUGAUUCCCUUUAGCACGGUGUGCUGACUUGGCUUGGUACAGUCGUUGAACUUUGGCCUUUUAGAUUCAGUCACAUAAGUAGUUAUUACAUUUCUCUGAAAGACAAGUGGGAUAAGCUGUCUGAAACACAAGUGUUUGUGUAAGGCUACGAUGCACAUUCAGCCCUGAGUUCUGACUGCUGUACUGUACAGCUGCUUUGGUAGGGACACUAGAGUCUUCACGCACGCUCUGAGGGUUAAUGUUUUCCACUAACACAGGAGAGCAUUAGGCAGGGACCUCUUGGCCUAGUCACUAGUGUGUUAUGGAACAUGCUGCCACUCUGUGCUGUCAUCACCAGCCUCGGGGAUAUCACAUCAGCUCCUGGAGACAGACUGGAUCUGACACCAUGGCUUCCCUAUGUCUCAUUCCAUCUGUCUAUUCUCUCUCAUGUGAUGAUGAGUUUCUGAGCUUUCUAGUGCAGUCACAUGCUAGCAUUGUCAUCAGAGUCAACUUGGGGCAUGUAGCAGUAAAGAUCCACGUGCUCCGGCCUCAAUGAACUCUUGAGGUGCAUUUUUUGCCCUUUGUCCUCGAGGGCGUUGCACAUUUUGACUUGCAAAAUCGUCAGUGCAUUUAUGAAUACGUUUUCGUAGUCAGAUCUUGAACACUUGCUCUUAAGAUUCAGCUGUUCCGUGUUACUACACAGUUCAUAUACAGUGUGUGUUCCUAUAAAGGGUGUGUAUGGUGGGCGUUCUCCUGCAGCCUGUGUGGAUUAACCCCGUCCCUCCUGUGUCCCUGCCCCUCUAUCUCCAGGUCAGCUGGUGGUGUGCACCCUGUGCUCAUGCGUUAUGCAGACCAAGAGGAUCUGGCUGUUCUCUGCUCACCUGCUCCCCCUGGUGGCGCGCCUCUGCCUGGUCCCCCUGGACACCAUCGUGUUCAUUAACCGCUUCGCCAUGAUAUUCACGGGCCUCGAGGUCAUCUACUUCCUGGCCUCCAACCUGCUGGUGCCCUACAACCUGGCCAAGACCGCCUACAGGGAGCUGGUGCAGGUAAAAUGGUCUGCUUGGCGCUAAAUUAUAUAGAAGCCAGCUUAGUGUUGGCUGGCUCUCAAACUGGAGAAGAUUCAAUGACUACUCUACUGCCUGAUUGUCACUGUUUUCUUUCACACAGAAGACUGUCAAUCUAGCAGUUUGCUGCUGUCUCUGUUUUUAUUUCUCAUAGCGAACAAUAUCUGUGAUAUCCUCUCUUCCCUGUCCUGUGCCCAGGUGGUGGAGGUGUAUGGGCUGCUGGCUCUGGGGAUGUCCCUGUGGAACCAGCUGGUUCUGCCUGUCCUCUUCAUGUGCUUCUGGCUGGUGCUGUUUGCCCUGCAGAUCUACACCUACUUCAGCAGCCGCGACCAGCCCACCUCCAGAGAGAGGUUACUCUUCCUCUUCCUCACCAGGUGGGACAGGGCACUGCUUCCUAGAACACUAGAAACCCAAGUCGACCUGUUUUGCACAACAUUAUUUAAUCUGAAGUUCUACAAUUUCAGUCCUUAUUACGUCUGUCUGUUUGUCGUCAUUAAAGAGAAUGUGAUCUAUUACAAAUACAUGCAUGAACUCUGAAUUGGUUUAGUGAGUGUUCUUACUGACCCCUUCUCUCCCUGUCCCCUCAGUAUUGCAGAGUGCUGCAGCACUCCCUACUCCCUGCUGGGCCUGGUCUUCACUGUGUCCUUUGUGGCGCUGGGCGUCCUCACCCUCUGCAAGUUCUACCUGCAGGGCUACCGGGCCUUCAUGAAUGACAACACCAUGCAUCGGUCAGUCAGCUGCAUUCUCAUUCCGCCCAUUUUAUCUUCUGUGUUUUUGCCCGUUAAGUGUGUUAUUUGACCCAUAGGUUGAACAAUGAGGAACCUUUUUUUCCUUUCUGACUGAAAACGCCACAUUAUUUAUGAAUCUCUCUCUUUUUUCUCACUCCAUCUCAGGGGAAUGACGGAGGGCAUCACGCUAUUGAUCCUGGCUGUGCAGACGGGUUUGAUUGAGCUGCAGGUCAUCCAUCGAGCCUUCCUACUCAGCAUCAUCCUCUUCAUCGUGGUGGCCUCCAUCCUACAGUCCAUGCUGGAGAUAGCUGACCCCAUCGUGCUGGCUCUGGGGGCCUCACGGGACAAGUAAGACAUUCAAGGCUGUUGGAAAUGUCUCACUGCUUUUUUGAUCAGGGCCUAGGCUUGGACGGUAUCCAGAUUUUCAUAACGUAAUUUUGUUUCUGUACCAUACCGGGGUAUACGAUAUUACCAAAUAUGCACACAGGGCGCUAUUACUAUUUCUUUAAUUUAUACAGUAUAUUUUACAAAAAUAAGCACAAAACAAUUUAAGCAACAGGGAUCUUGAUCCAGGAGGGGAUCGAAUGUAUCUGCUGUAACCAAGAAGCUUGAUCUUGACAUCUAGCCACUCAGCUAGCAAGUUAGCAAACCAAAUGCAUAGCUGAAGCCCUGACCUGGAUAUAAUUGAUUUCUUAUAACUUAUAAGCAGUGGCGCAACACGCACCUCCCGCAGCCCCCGCGAGGGUAUUGAAAAUGAAACGGUAUUGAAAAUGAUUCCGUAUGUAUUUUGAAAUACCCUGGUAUACGGUAUUUCUCCCAAGUCUACCAGGGCCAAUAGUGUCAUCCACAGAGAGAAUGAAAUGAUCCGCAGCAUAAUUUUAAAAGGCCUCACUUCACAUGGAAGUCCGUUCAAAAUGCCCCAACUAUAUGAUUAAAUUCAACCCAACUUUAUUACGCCACUCAGAGGUGUUGUCCUAGUAAAAGCUCUGUCGGUUGUUGCUCUGUUCAGGAGCCUGUGGAAGCACUUCCGGGCCGUGAGCCUGUGCCUGUUCCUGCUGGUCUUCCCAGCCUACAUGGCCUACAUGAUCUGCCAGUUCUUCCACAUGGACUUCUGGCUGCUCAUCAUCAUCUCCUCCAGCAUCCUCACCUCACUGCAGGUACACACACCUCAAGCUCUGUCGCCAUGGACACACACACACACCACACACUGUAGUCUAUCCAAUUCAAAAGUUGCUUUUAGCCACAGGUGCACAGGAUCCUUUGACCCAUUUAUUUGCAGUAAUGACAUAAGAACACGUCAACAAUGUUUCAUAUAUAAGGCAGAUGGCUUUACCGUUUGUGCUGAGAUAUAUUGCAUAGGUCCAUGGUGGUGAUGGUGAUGUGACGGGCAUGGUAAGGACUGUAAGCUCCCAUAUCUGUGCCUGCUAUUCCCUGGCCACCUGUGAGUAUAUAUAUUCCCUGUGAAAUAUGGAAAACCCUGUGCAGUCCAAGUAGGUUGUCCAUGUCAUUUCAGCAAGCCAUGACACCCACCAUCUCAGAUUGUUCUGAAAUGGUUUCUGUAGUAGAAACUGAUAAGAUCAGCAUUCCUGCAACAUUAUUUUGUACAAAUGUGCUUCUGGUGCGUUGACCUUUAGAAGAUUCUGGAGUGUUGACCUUUAGAAGAUUCUGGUGCGUUGACCUUUAGAAGAUUCUGGUGCGUUGACCUUUAGAAGAUUCUGGUGCGUUGACCUUUAGAAGAUUCUAAGAUUCUGGUGCGUUGACUAUCUGUAAUAGAGAAAAGGAAGGGUGCAGACCUUACUUCUUUUGUUCUAUUUAUUACCUGUGACCUGUGAUUACCUGUGGUCCUAACCCUUGACCCUCAACCGCUUGCCCCAACAUGAGAGGGACCUUUAGUGUCAAAACAAGUGAAACAAAGCACCCACACUCAAUGUCCCUCUCCCCUAGGUGCUGGGGACCCUGCUCAUCUACAUCAUCUUUAUGGUGGAGGAGUUCCGUAAGGAGCCCGUGGAGAACAUGGACGACGUCAUCUACUACGUGAACGGGACCUACCGGCUGCUGGAGUUCCUGGUGGCGCUGGUGGUGGUGGCCUACGGCGUGUCGGAGACGGUGUUCGGGGAGUGGACGGUGAUGGGCUCCACCAUCAUCUUCAUCCACUCCUACUACAACGUGUGGCUGCGCGCCCAGCUGGGCUGGCAGAGCUUCCUGCUGCGCAGAGACGCCGUCAACAAGAUCAAGAGCCUGCCCACUGCUUCCGACCUGCAACUGGAGCAGUACAAUGACAUCUGUGCCAUCUGCUACCAGGUGACGGAGUGUGUGUGUGUGUGUGUGUGUCCAGUGUGUGUGUGUCCAGUGUGAGUGUGUGCAUGCUGUUUGAGAGGCCGACAUUAUUGGUUUGAUACAUUUGUUUUAUAGCCCUCUGCUUGUAUGAAGGGGACAAUGCGGAUAUGAAAUGGGUUCUGCCUAGGGUUGUAAAAUUCUGGUAACUUUCUCUACAUUCCCAGGUUUUCGGAAAUCCUGAUUGGGUAUUCCAGAUUUCCUGCUUAUUCCCUGCUGAUUCCGGGAACCUCCAACCAUUUUUUGGGGAAAACCUGGGAAUUUUGGGAAAGCUACUGUAAUUUUGCAACACUAGUUCUGCGUAAACAUUUCAAAAGAGAAAUGAUAGUUUAGUUUGAAUAAGGAUGUGUAACUGUGAUAUACUUCCACUCAUCAGAAACGCAUCAUCAGGCAUUGUAGCGGGCUCUUCUGUGGUUGUCCAUAGUCCUUCAGUAGUUAACCAGUAUGCUGUCUCUCCUCCUAGGACAUGAAGUCUGCCGUCAUCACCCCCUGCAGUCACUUCUUCCAUGCUGGCUGCCUCAAGAAGUGGCUCUAUGUACAGGAGACCUGCCCCCUCUGCCACAAACAGCUGAAGAGCCAAUCACAGCCCGCCAAUGCCACCGCUGCACCCGCCCAGGACAUUCUACCAGCCAAUCCCAACCCAGCAGAGGCUGGGCAAGGAGAGCCAGUGGCCAGUGCGGCUGAAGGGAACAAACCAGUGAUUCAGAACGGUGCUCCUGUUGAAGGGAGCCAAGCCAGCCCUUCUUCCUCCCCUGCUAACCCUGACCCAGAUCCUGAGGGCCAGGCAGAGGAGAGGGCCCCAUGCCCCCAGCAGACUGACACAGUGGACAGGGUGUAUUUGGAUGGCCAGGUGGCAGGUCCGUCACAGGGCUCAGGGGAGUCAUAUCUCAGGCAUCGCCAGCCCCAGCAGUCUGCCGCCUCCCCUGAAGCAACAUCAUCCACAGCAUGUGCAGCUGAACUCCAGUCACAACUCCAGUCAGAACUACAACAGUCUGCCAGCCCCUGCUGCCUCUGA